AUGGAGGGUCAGAGCAUAUUGCUGACUUGUUCCCGCACCUGUGCAGAGAAUCUGAACUCCUAUUCAGGCUACAUCUGGUACAAGAACAGACUGCAAUUAAAUACCAGCCAAGUAAACUCGUUCUAUCUGUCUUUGCACCCAGUCAGUAAGGAGGAUGCAGGCAGCUAUGUUUGCGUCCUGAUUGGCUACAAAGACUUCCCCUCAUCUGCUGUCAAUCUCAUUGUCCAGAACAGGCCCAGAAGCAUAAUGUCUGGCGAAAGCGACGACAGCAGACACGAAAAUGACAGUCUACCACUUCCCAGGUCACCCAAAGGCAAGAGCUUGUUUCGAUUCCCUGUAGUGCUUGUUGCCAGUGUUUGCUUUGGACUGGCUGUUGUAAUAACAGUGGCUGUGCUGGGCCUCAAUAUAAAGAAGAAGAAGAAGAGGAGAAGAAGAUGCGCUGCUUCCACCCCGGCAGCUCCGGACCGCAACAAUCACAUUUACAUGACUCUUAAUAUCAACUCCAUGUCUCCUGAAUAUGACACAUUGGACGCAGUGAGAUGCAGCUUAGCCGAUGAGGCCGAUUAUGAGAACCUGCCUGGAAACUCCUUGAAAGGAGAGAGGGGUUUUGAAACAACCCGCCACCUCUGA